CGUUGAAAUUUAUUUUGUUCCCUGAAACCUUUCCCCUCCAACAACGUCCAUCUAAUAUUCGCUCUAGCCGUGGCGAGUUGGAGCAGCAAAAGAAAGACAAAUCCUUAAACGAUGCCACCAGCGGAGAACACACCACUAUUGCCGAAUCAUGAACCAGGUACAGGUUCAAGCUCAACCUCGAGAACGUUUUCAGAAAUUGUGAAGGCAGAGGGCGAGCCUGGAUAUCUCGAGUCGUUCAAAAAUUUCCUGUUCGGGUCGUGGCUGAACAUCGUAUUGGUCUUUGUGCCGUUGAGCGCGGUAGCGCAUUAUUCAAACUGGGAUGCUGGGUUGAGGUUCUCCUUCAGUUUUGUGGCAAUCAUCCCUUUGGCCAAAUUACUUGGGGAUGCCACCGAACAAAUGUCCUUCCAACUUGGCCAGACCCUUGCUGGACUACUCAACGCGUCAUUUGGAAACGCAGUCGAGAUCAUUGUGGGAAUAGCCGCUCUCCUUCGAGAUGAAAUUGUUAUCGUUCAGAAUUCUAUGCUUGGCUCGGUGUUGUCCAAUAUUUUACUCGUUUUGGGCUGUUCGUUCUUGGCAGCUGGAUUCAAAUUCUCAGAAAGCUCUUUUCAAGUUACCGCCGCUCAAGCAUCGAGUUCUUUGAUGACUUUGGCCUGCAUCACUCUAGUCAUUCCAGCCGCAUGGAAUAGCGUGAAACCACCCAACCCUGUUCUGACUGACGAGCAACAUCUCGAUGGACUGUUAAAGAUCUCCCGAGGGACGGCUAUCCUCCUCUUAGUCGUUUAUGUUGCAUAUCUUUACUUCCAGCUCUUUUCCCACCAACAUCUUUUCCAAUCUCAGCGUCAGGAAGGCCAAGAGGAUAUUGAAGAGACUCCUCGCAUGAAUCUCGUUUCCGCAGGAGUUUGCUUGCUAGCCGUGACUGUCGUAACUUCGUUCUGCGCUGAUUACUUGGUCGCCUCGAUUGAAGAGUUCGCGUUCAGGUAUAGUGUUCCUAAGCCGUUCAUCGGGUUGAUUCUGCUGCCUAUUGUGGCGAAUGCCGCUGAGCAUGUUACUUCUGUAUGGAUGGCCAUGAAAGGACAGAUGGAAUUGACGAUUGGAAUUUGUGUUGGAAGCUCGAUUCAAAUCGCGGCUUUUGUUGUUCCCUUACUUGUCAUCAUUGGCUGGAUUUCGCACCACGAAUUGACCCUAUUCUUUGCCAAUUUUGAGACGAUCACGUUCUUUGUUUCUGUGUUCUUGACGAACACACUCAUUCAGGAUGGAAAAUCGAACUACAUGGAAGGAUUGAUGCUCAUCACCCUUUACCUUGUUAUUGCUCUUGCAUUCUGGGUCUCUUGAUCUCGAGUGUUCACGUACAUCGUACCUUUCCAUUUAUUCGAGAUUCAGUACGGUUUACUCAUUGUUGUAACCUAUAAUCCAUCCAUAUUUGAUAUCCAUCGUGCGUUCCACCCCAAAGAUUCAUAAUUUCCCUGUUAAUCCGGAUAUCCCCCCUACCGCUUCGCCUUUUCGCUUCUCGUUAUGUACUUGGCUGUUUUCUUUUUCCUUUCGUUGGCCUUGCAUACAUCGUUAAAUAAGGUAACUCGAUUUUCUUCGGACCCCA